UCCACGCUGUAUGCGCUCAAAAUCUCUGAUGCGCAGUUAUCGGUUAACUAGUGAUACUUCAACGUACCGCGUCUUCUCCGUCGGCGUGAGCGUUUGUUUGGAAGCCUGUGCCGUCACAUUUUCUCCCCUGAUAUAUUUAUAAUUUAAUAAUCAUUUCAACUUUCGGCAUCACACGGUGUAAUGCUGCGCGGAGCAAAGACAUCUGCACCAAGUAAACAAAGGUACUGUUGGUCAGACACGAACUUUAUCAAUCACAUUGGCUCUAAAAACAGUGUUAAUUACGGUUUUACAAGCUGUGUUAUUGUUAUGAAUAAUGUACAUCACAAUUAUUAUGUCGGCUCAGACGUGUGACAGGUUGUCAUCAAGCUGACGUCAGAAUUCAGCAGGAGGAUUUUACAUGGGCUGUUGCAGAUCUCAUAAAAUAAAGUCUACUACAGUCUUCCAAUAUAAUCCCAUAAACUCAUAGUGCACACAGACAUUUGACACACCUACACAAAUUCCCAGAGAGUCAUGAGCUCACACAAGAGACCUGUCCAGCCUCGGAUGGAUUCUGAUGUCAGUUCCUCCUCGGCCCGUGACCUGACCAGACCAGGUCAGGAGGAGGGCGCCGGUCUCCUGAUCAAGCUGAUGGAGUUGCCUGUGGCCCGCAUGUCCCGACAGCAGCUAAAAAGGUUGGAGGAACAUCAGUACAGCAGUGCAGGAUGCUCCCUCCUGGAUCCCGUCAUGCAGGGAUACUGGUGCUGGUUGGUCAGCAAAGUGCCUCUCUGGAUGGCCCCAAACCUCAUCACCAUAGUGGGUCUCGCUACCAAUAUUAUCAGUACUCUGAUACUGGUGUAUUACUGCCCAACUGCCACCGAACAGGCACCAACGUGGGCAUACUUAGCCUGUGCUCUGGGUCUGUUCAUCUACCAAUCAUUGGAUGCCAUAGAUGGGAAGCAGGCAAGACGGACCAAUAGCAGCACACCUCUGGGCGAGCUCUUUGACCACGGCUGUGACUCCCUCUCUACAGUUUUUGUGGUCCUGGGCACAUGUAUUGCAGUUCAGCUGGGUACCCACCCUGACUGGAUGUUCUUCUGUUGUUUUGUGGGCAUCUUCAUGUUUUAUUGUGCCCACUGGCAGGCGUAUGUUUCUGGAACGCUGCGCUUUGGCAUAAUUGAUGUGACUGAGGUACAAAUCUACAUUAUAAGCUUGUACUUACUGGCUGCCUUUGGAGGAACAGCUUUAUGGCAAUUUGUGAUUCCUGUGAUAAAUAUCCAGAUUAAAAUAAUACCCGCCCUUUGCACUCUUGUGGGUGCCAUAUUUUCCUGCACAAACUACUUCCGGGUUAUAUUCAGCGGUGGAAUGGGUAAAAACGGAUCCACUAUUGCAGGAACAAGCGUGUUAUCUCCAUCCUUCCAUAUAGGAGUGCUUAUGACACUUGCUCUAAUGAUCUAUAAGAAGUCUUCGGUGCAGCUCUUCGAGAAACAUCCCUGUCUGUACAUCUUAGCAUUUGGGUUCGUCUCAGGCAAACUCACCAACAGACUGGUGGUUGCUCAUAUGACAAAAAGUGAAAUGCAUUGUAAUGAUUCGGCCUUUGUGGGACCAGCGUUGCUGUUUCUGAAUCAGUACUUCAACAGUUUCAUUAAUGAGUACUGUCUUCUCUGGGUCGCUCUGUAUCCAGCCUCCAACCACUUCCACACUUCAGCCAGAGUGCAAGAAAUCACCACUAACAGCUUGUCCCCUGUUCCUCCAACCCCACAUCCAGUAGGUCAUGUAUUUCAGUGAAUGUAAAACGCAACUAACAGAGAAACAGCCCAAAUGGCUGCAGUUAUUAACUUCGUUAUAAUGGGGGUUUUCAUAAUGAAGAGAGAAUAUUUGAAGGACGAAAGGGAAUUAUUAAAAAGAACAUACAGUACAUCCCAUGUGUGUUAAUCUAUUCGGUUCUCAGUUUUACAUUUGGAAAGUUUGUUUGCAAAGAUGAAGAACAGAAUAUUUGCCACAGAAUAGAAUGUGCAAAGAUCUGCUAUAUUUUACCGUUUUAAUGUUGUGUUUUUUUAUUUAUUUUUUUAAGAUUGACCAGUUUUGGCAUUUAAGAUAUGAACGCAUCCAUUUUGGCCAACAAUGUAUAAUGUAUUCCAGCAGCCAACCAAUACUCUAUCUGAAAGUGUUAAGACAUAAUAACGGAAUGCUAUAUGUGUUAAGAAAUUUGCUGCUUAAAUGAAAACCUGAGACUCUUAAAGGGAUAAUUCACCCAGGGUGUGCUGAGUGACUCCAGCCGGGUCUCAUAAGCAACCAAAUUGGCCCGGUUCCUAGGGAGGGUAGAGUUACACGGGGUAACCUCCUCGUGAUCGCUAUAAUGUGGUUUGCUCUCGGUGGGGCGCGUGGUGAGUUGUUCAUGGAUGCCGCGGUGGAUGGCGUGAAGCCUCCACACGCGCUAUGUCUCCGUGGUAACGUGCUCAACAAGCCAUGUGAUAAGAUGCGCGGGUUGACGGUCUCAGACGCGGAGGCAGCAGAGAUUCGUCCUCCGCCACCCGGAUUGAGGCGAGUCACUACACCACCAUGAGGACUUGGAGCACAUUGGGAAUUGGGCAUUCCAAAUUGGGAGAAAAAGGGAAGAGAGAGAGAGAAAAAAAAAAGGGAUCGUUCACCCAAACAUUCUGUCAUAAUUUACUCACCCUUAUAGUUUUUUUUUUUCAAGGAACACUCAGGAGAGGUUAGGAAGAAUGUUAACCUCUGUCACCAUUCACUUUCACUAUAUGGAAAAAAAGAGCAGCGCUAACAUUCUUCAAUAUUUCAUUUCUUGUAUUACACAGAAGAAAGUAAUACAGGUUUGGAAAGAUAUGAGUAAAUGGGUGAUUCCUACAAAAACUGUCAAUAAAAUGUCCUGGUCCUAUUUUACUUCAAAAUAAAAAGAAACCAACAUUUUCAUUAGAAAAUGAAGCCUUUUAAAGGCCAUUAAGAUUUUUUACAUUCUGACAUUAUUUUCAUGACAGCUACGCACAUUUUAACCCCCCAAUUCUCAUUACCA